AUGUAUAUCACUUUUAAUGAAGCUUUGGAUGGUCCGUUCGGUAAUCUAGAAAGUCCAAACCAUGACUUUAAGGUAGGCGACCCUAACAUGGUCCCAACGCCUCCUAUGGAUUCAGAUUCCGCGGCUAUAAGUCUAGCGUUCCUAAUAAGUCUUUCGAUUACAUUUGCAAUAUUGAUGCUUAUCUUGGUAGUAAUAGCUGCAUAUGUUACCUUCUGUGGUGAUGAUGAAUCAGAAUAUGAUGAAGAGAAUGCGCUAGGCACACGAACUUCAGGAACUUUACAUUCUUUGUUUGGCAAAAAGCAUACUGGCAUCCUGUUGGAUUCUAGCUUUGCGUCUCCUGGUGGGUUCGAUGAGGAGAUUGUUCUUCAGGAAAGAGAACUUGAGGAGCUGCCAAAGAUGUCUGCGUAUGAGGUUGAGUUGUAUAUUAGAACAAAAGAGUUCCAGAUGAUGAGCCCGCCCGUGGUAAAGGAAUUCGGCACAUAUUUGAAUAGUGAUGACCAGCAAUUUAUAAAGGAUCGUGGUAUCCAAAGCUAUUUCUUGCUGCCCAGUAUCAAUGAUAAUAUUGAUAAAUAUGGAAACUUUCUACCAAGUUUCAUCGUCCAAGAUAAACUAGAUAUACAAUUUUCAAAAUUUAAUAAGAGCUCGUCCACGGUAAUGAACUAUCCGUUACCCCAUAAUAGGAAGGAUGCAGUUUAUUUCGAAGUCAAAGUUUUCAGGUAUAUUCCAAAAUCUAAUAGUAUAUUCAGUAUAGGUUUGACCACUGUACCAUAUCCCUACUUCAGGGUACCAGGCAUGGCUAAAUAUUCCAUUGCUUACGAAUCGACAGGUAAACUCAGAAUAAAUAAUCCCUUCACCGCUAGCACUUUAUUACCAAAGUUGGAAGAAGGUGACACUGUGGGAUUUGGGUACAGGUAUAAAACAGGGACGAUCUUUAUUACACAUAAUGGUAAAAAAUUAAUGGACGUAACACAGAACAUUGGCAUUGAUCUUUUCAUUGGGAUUGGCGCGUUCAAUGCUGCAUAUACAAGAACAUAUACAAGGGAUGGAUUGUUGGAAGAUCCAGAUAAUAUAAGCUUCCGUGAAGCUUUGUCAGAAGGUAAAGAUAUUGCGGUUGUCAAAGAUCUUCAGAGAGUUCACGAUCCACAUGAUGAGAGUGACGAAAUGACGUCCGAUGAAGUUGAAUUACACGUAAAUUUAGGCCAGGUUGGAUUUGUUUUUAUAGAAGCCAAUGUGAAAAAAUAUGCGUUUGGAAGCGUUUACGGACAAAUUGGGAUUCCUCCAGCCUAUAAUGGAACCGAGAUUAACAAGGACACUAUUUUACAGAAGGGAGAAGAAUUGCCACCAAGAUAUGCCGAUACCGAUAAUUUUUUUGGCAACAUGCAAGUAAAGGAAGGUUCAUCUUCCGGAAUAAUGGCGCAAACAAGUAGGCCCAUGCGGUCAAUUGGGACAUAUGAAAGAAUUUCUUCUAACUUUGACAGAGAAAAUAAUGUCUACGACGAUGCUCUAGAACCUAGCGACAGUAAUGCCAAAAAUAAUGACGAAAAUGCAGAAAAUGCAGAUUACGAUGAAACCUCUCCGUUAUUGGAAAGUGAUAGUAUUAAAAGAUCUACAAAUUCAAAUACCCCUUACGAAAUUUAUGGUGAAGCUAUCAAUAAGAACUUUAAGAACAAGCCUGGCAAAAAACGUCAAAAGAACAGAGGUAAACCUUCUAAAAAGAAGAAGAGGUCGAGAAGAUAG